CGACCCAUUGAAACCUCACCUCACCUCCGCUGAUAUCUGGUCCCAAAAUCCUCUAAACAUGGCUGGUUUCUUUGAUAUAAAAGCCCGGAAGGAGGCAGCAGCAAAUGGCACGUCCUCCAAAGCACCUGCAACUAAAGAUACAACUAGACUUCAACCAUGGGUUGAGAAAUAUCGACCCAAGAGCCUCAACGAUGUCACAGCCCAAGACCACACCAUCACAGUCCUUCAACGAACUCUCCAGUCCUCCAAUCUCCCUCACAUGCUCUUCUACGGUCCCCCGGGCACCGGUAAAACAUCCACAGUUCUCGCGCUCGCAAAGGAACUCUACGGGCCCGAACUCAUCAAGUCUCGCGUACUAGAACUGAACGCCUCAGACGAACGAGGAAUCAGCAUCGUCCGGGAAAAGGUCAAAGACUUCGCACGCAUGCAACUCUCGAAUCCCUCCGCGGAAUACCGUGCCAAAUACCCGUGCCCCCCUUACAAGAUCAUUAUUCUCGAUGAGGCGGAUUCUAUGACACAAGAUGCGCAGAGUGCGUUGCGAAGAACGAUGGAGACUUAUAGCAAGAUUACGAGAUUUUGUUUGAUUUGCAACUACGUCACGCGGAUUAUCGAUCCUUUGGCAUCAAGAUGUUCGAAAUUUAGGUUCAAGAGUUUGGACCAGGGAAAUGCGAAGAAAAGGGUGGAGGAAAUUGCAGAGAAUGAGGGGGUGAAGCUUGAGGACGGUGCAGCGGAUGCGCUGAUUAGAUGUAGUGAAGGUGAUCUCCGGAAAGCGAUAACUUUCCUGCAGAGCGCGGCGAGAUUGGUGGGUGCUGUGAAACCAAAGGAGGACGAGGACGCCAUGGAUCUGGACGACACCAAGCCGGUCACAGUAAAGAGCGUUGAAGAUAUCGCGGGUGUGAUUCCAGAAAAAACUAUCGAGGGAUUAGUCAAGGCUAUGCAGCCCCGUUCUAAGGGGCUUGUCUACGAAGCCGUUGCAAAGGUCGUUACGGAUAUGGUUGCCGAUGGAUGGAGUGCUACCCAGGUCGUAACGCAACUCUACCAAUCGAUCAUCUACAACGAAGCCAUCCCCGACAUCCAAAAGAACAAGAUUACCCUCAUUUUCUCUGAAACGGAUAAACGCCUUGUCGAUGGUUCCGAUGAGCAUCUUACGGUUCUCGAUCUGGCAUUACGGAUCUCGAAUGUGUUAGCUGGCGCUUAAGAAGUUUAUCUAGGGAGUAUGGGCAGUGGAAAUGGGUAUAGCGUGGGUUGUACGGCGUUCAGGGAUGAGCAGGACGACGAAUAUAGUUUCACAAAGCACAGUGCCUGGCAGAUCUGGUAUUUGGAACCAAGACUUCUAUGUAUACCACCCCUAACUGGAGAAAUGAAAACUACUUAUUGAUGCCCUUCAG